AUGGCGCUUAAUUCCGAAGAAGGGCGGCCCGCAGUAGGGGAGCAGGAAGACUCGGGCCUGCACGGGGACAGCCGCGCUGGAGUCGUCGCAGGGGCCCCUGCGGUGGACGGCAGCGGCCUUUCAAGCGAAUCGAUGGGCGAGCAAAUAGCGGCGAGCUCGCGGGAGCAGCCCGCGAAAUCUGCGACGAGAUGGGAGGACGCUGUGUUGGCGACGCAGACAGCCGUCACUGAGCACCUGGAGAGCUUCAAAGUGAAGGCGGAAACGCCGAUACCCGCCAGCACGAUGCCGUGCAUUUUGGACGAGAACACCAAGGUGGUGGGCGAGACGCAAGAGGGCCAGCAGGGUCCGGCGGGACAGGGCCCGGGUGCGGUGCUGUUCGACUCGUACUACCAGCUGCCGCCGAAGGAGCUAAUCGCGUUAGCGGCUUCUGCCACGAGGUCGUGCAGCCUCUUCUCGUUCAGGAAGGAUGAGAGGCGCUCGGCACGUCGCGCCAAGGCGGAUGAUCCGAGGUCUAAGAAUAGCGUUGGCCACGAGGACGGGCGCCAUGGCAACCUCAUUCCGUACGAACCGCUCUUGGAGCCCAUGAACAUACCCGGUCACGAUCAGCCCCUGGAGCCGGAGAACGGGCACGGGAAACCACACCACUCCCACGGCCACGAGCAAAGAAGCGGUGGCGCCAACCACCCCAAGCACCCCGGGCGCCAGCGGGAGCACACGCACCCGAAGGGGGGCGCGCACAUGCCAGGCGACAGGAAGCCGAAACACACGGACGGGCAACCGUUGCCGUCUAAGCAAAACACGAAGGCGAAAGGGCCUGCUGGUGGCGCCGGCAGGUGGAGCGCGCCGAAGCCCACUGACGGCAUAUUCUCGCUGGGCAGCCUGCGGCCCGAGAGCCCGAGCGCGACUCCGAACACGGCAAACGAUUCCCACGCAAUGUCUUUCAAGAACCUCAGCCAGAUGGUGCAUGACCUGCAUAUCAAGAAGACGGUUUCGCUCAGGCACAGCGACGACGUCAUGAACAUGACCCCGCAGGAUGUGUCCAACUUCACUUUCAUCGACGAGGAGUCGCACAUCCCGCUGAAGAGCUCGCAGUUCAGCAAGUUCUUCAGCGUUGUGGGUCAGCAGCACAAGGCCGGUAGGUUCCCCGUGGCGCAAGCGACAAUCGGCGCAGAGCAGGCGAGGCUUGCCGCGCAAGGCGAGGGAUCGGACAUACCAGGAAUGAAUGUAGCAGGGGACGCGAAAAAUCGCGAACGGGCCAGCCAAUUACUGCAGCAGAUGCUGGCCAGGAAGACAUCACCAUAA